AUGAAAAACAAAAACAAGUCUGCCAAGGUCCAAAACUAUGUCAACACUGUCAACAAGCAGCAAGAAAAUGCCGGAAAGAACAAGGCCGAUAGACAAAAGGAGAAGGAGAGGGAAAAGGCUGCCGAGGCCAAGGCCGCUGUUGCCGCCAGGAAGAAGAUGGAGGCAGCUCUUGCCGGACCUGCCCAAGUCCAAAAGAUCCCCUUCGGUACCGACCCCAAGACCAUUCUUUGUGCCUACUUUAAGGCGGGUCACUGUGAGAAGGGAACCAAGUGCAAGUUUUCGCACGACAGGAAUGUGGAGCGAAAGGUUGAAAAGAUCAACCUGUACGCCGACACGCGAGGAGAAAAGGACAAGGCGGACACUAUGGACACUUGGGACGAGGCCAAGCUCCGUGACGUUGUCCACCAGGGUGAGGGCAGACAGAAGAAUGCUACGGAUAUCGUCUGCAAGUACUUUAUCCAGGCUAUUGAGGACAAGAAGUAUGGUUGGUUCUGGGACUGUCCCAACGGCGGAGACAAGUGCAUGUACCGACACGCCCUUCCUCCCGGUUUCGUCCUGAAAGCCGACAAGAAGAAGCAAGACGAAGCCAACAAGAAGGAAACGAUAUCCCUCUCCGACUUUAUCGAAGUCGAGCGACACAAGCUCAAGCUCCCCCUCACCCCCGUCACGCCCGAAUCGUUCGCCAAAUGGAAGACGAACCGUGUCGAGAAGAAGAAGGCUGAGGGCGAGGCGAUGGAGAAGGCCAAGGUCGCCCAGCGAGCUGCGGGCAAGAUGACGGGUAUGACGGGUAAAGACAUGUUUGACUUUGGAGGAGAGCUUUACGCCGACUUUGAGGAGGCUGAUGAAGAGGAGGAUGAUUGGGAUAUCUCGCGAAUGUUGGCUCGUUACCGUGAGGACGAGAAUGCAUACGCCUUCGACCCCACCAAGGGACAGUUUGUCAAUGAGCGGACUGGUGAGGUGGUGGACGAUGAGACUGUGAAAGAAGCGACUAGGUUGCUAGAAGAGGCCAAGAUCCAGCAGGCCGACAACGAGGCAAACGCGGCGCUUGAGGCUGCAGACGCUUAG